AUGGAAUCAGGGCCAACUGAACUUGCAGCCACCAUCCAGGCUGCAAGCAUCGAACACAAUCCGGAUCCCAAACUAGACAUCAGCCCGGCGACAGCCGCUGAUAGAAGACAACCCGUGACUCUCGACCACGACGACGGCAUCGAUGAAGACGAUGACGAAGAAGAAGAUAUUCCAUACAGUGUCCUCCGACCCGCUCCACGACACUCCAACCUUCCUCCUCUACCGGACCUCCGCUUCGAGCAGAGCUAUCUGCGAAGUAUCUCCAAGGCCGAUACAUGGUGGAAGGUGGCACUCAUAACGACAAGGGACCAGAUCUUGAUGCCCUUGACCCAGGGUUUAGCAUACAAUUUGUUCCUUUGCGGCUGGCAGCACUGGAAUAGAAAUGCUCAACUACACGGCAACACAGUAGGCGCGCGAGUGAGACGCUGGUGGUGGGGAGUCAACAACUGGCAUAUACCUGCACAUAGAAAGAGAGUCUGA